GCUGUGGACACUUUUAUUAACUACUGUCAAUGUUUAACUGCCUCUUUAUUGUCCCUCAGAGGAGUGGACCUUGUGCUGCAGCAAGACGCCAACAUGAAGACACAUGCAGCCUCCCAGAACAUUUUGGACUUUCCUCGCUUUACAUUCAAUCCAAAAGAAGGCAUUGACAAUCCAGCUUUGAACAUUAAUGAUGACGACGAGCAGGUUGUGGUACCCCGGCUGCUCCACCUGCACCGCAUCGAAGGGCAGAGUUUUGGCUUCUCUCUCCGAUGGGAUGAUGGUAUGGGGAGCAGUGAGGGGGGCGGUCCAGAGGGGGGUCUGGAGGUGAGCGUGGUGCAGCCCUUUGGUCAGGCUGAACAGUGCGGACUGAGGCUCGGAGACAGAAUCCUGGAAGUCAAUGAGGAGGAUGUCAUCAAUACAGACUUCAACAAGGUGGUGAGGAAGAUCAAAUUCUGUGGUUGUCAUCUGUUUCUGCUGGUGUUGAGAAAACACGAAUAUGAACAGGCCGUGUCUUCAGAUCUGGAUUUAAAGUCUUUAGUCAAAUCGUUUAAAGGGGAAAAUUUCUACAGACCGAAACUGUGCCACAUCAAACGAGACCCUGAACAUGGCCUCGGCUUCAAUCUCAUCACACUGGAAGGUCAUAGAGGGCAGUUCAUAGUUAGCACAGACAGCAGAGGUCCUGCAGAGAGAGCUGGAGUCUGCAGUGGGGACAAACUCAUCUGGAUCAAUGGGACCAGAGCCUCUUCACUAACACAGUCCACCCUCAACAGAAUGAUGAGAAAGAACCCAGACUCAGUGACUCUGUUGGUCAUAAACAGUGUCAGUGAGGAGUGUUUUAUAAAAAGGAAAAUGCACAUUGUCCCUGAAGUGGCCGAGUGUCGUAAUUUCCCUCAUAAAGCCAGGACCAUGAACCUGGCCAAAGGGAAAGAUGGAUACGGGUUUCUACUUAGACAGGAGCGGAUUGCCUUCAGUGAUAGAACAGUGCAUGUGCUCCGAGAGGUGGACAGUGGUAGCCCGGCGGAGGAGGCUGGGAUGGAGGAUGGAGACCUGCUGUUGGCGGUGAACAGUGAACCAGUAGAGUCUAUGGAGCACGAGGAAAUAGUGAAACUGAUCAGACAGAGCGGGGACAGGGUCAGCCUCACUGUGCUGUCUAUGAGUGCCAGGGACUUCUACAGACAGUUGGGUAUCCCUCCACUGUUAUUCCAUCAGGAUCUUGAAGAAAGUUGCAAUGAAAACGUUACACAAAAUCAGAUGAACCCAAAAGUUGAAGUAUUUUUGUGAUGGAGUCUGAAGAGAAGAAGGGAGGAACAAAUAAAUGUCCUUUGUAAGCCAAGGAAGUAAUUAAUGUCAAAAUUGUAAAAUAAGAAGUUCAAUUAUUAACCAGUAUAUCAGCUGUCUAUAAAUUGUAUAUUGUACAUAUCCAUUUUACAUGAAAAAUUUAAUGAAUGUCUCAUUUAGUUGUGCUAUGCUUCCAUCUAGUCUAGCUCGUUACUUGAAUGACAAACACGUGUAAUGCUAGUAGACCUAGGCCCAAUCCUAAUUGUACUCCUUAGCCAAAGGAGCCAAGGGAACAUAAUUUUGGAAGGGGUUGCUGAGAUAUUGAGAUAAUUUUGCAUUUACACUUUCACCCUUUGCCACCAACACAAACAGCUUCUGGACUCCUGUGGUCAUGCGUACGAAGUAAAUCAGACCACAAAAAAUCAUAUCACACUACAGUUUGAGGACAGCCUUAGCGCUCUUACUCUCUAUACUGCAUAUACCCCUAUGUACCCCUAAUGUACGGUAACACAACCAUGGCUAGAUUCUUUUAUUCUGUUUUAUUUUUGCUUUUCUACCUCUGCUUUAUUUUUCCUGUACUUGUUGUUUUAGCUCCAAAACAAGGAUAAUCGGAUUUUGACUGUGAAUGUAACAGCAGCCUAGCAGAAGUAGGCCUGCGUGUUUAAAUAUUUACUCAUUUAGACAAAACUGACAUAUAACUAAAUAAAGUUUUUGUUGUACGGAUGUAUGCUGGAUGUGAAGAAAAUUGUGUAGUAUAAAUGUAAACAGUGCUUUCAUAAAAA